UAUAUAUAUGUAGAGGUUUUUGAGAAUCCAAAAUUGAUCGGGAUCUACAGAAGAAGCAUUAAUUAUUUUAUAAUUAUAAUAAUGCAUUACUGGGUGAGAGCUUCCCCAUCUGAUUUCAAUGGACCUUUCCCUCAACCUCGCAGUGGUCACACAGCAGUGAAUAUCGGAAAGUCAAAGUUGAUAGUGUUCGGUGGUCUUGUUGAUAAAACUUUCCUCAAUGACAUCUCUGUCUAUGACAUCGAGAAUAAGUUAUGGUUUAAGCCUGAAUGCACAGGUAGUGGUUCAGAAGGGCAAACAGGGCCCAGUCCACGAGCAUUUCAUAUUGCCAUUGCAAUUGAUUGCCAUAUGUUUGUUUUUGGUGGGAGACUUGGUACCAAAAGGUUGGGAGACUUUUGGGUCCUAGAUACUGAUAUAUGGCAAUGGUCAGAGCUCACCAGUUUUGGUGAUUUGCCUUCACCAAGAGAUUUCGCAGCUGCAUCAGCGAUUGGGAACCAUAAAAUAGUAAUGUAUGGUGGGUGGGAUGGUAAGAAGUGGUUAACUGACGUAUUUGUCUUGGACACAAUGUCAUUGGAAUGGACAGAGCUACCAGUUUCAGGAACAUUACCACCACCAAGGUGUGGGCAUACAGCCACUAUGGUUGAGAAGCGGUUGCUUGUAUAUGGUGGCAGAGGGGGCGGAGGGCCAAUUAUGGGUGAUUUAUGGGCGUUGAAGGGUCUCAUCGAAGAAGAUAAUGAAGUUCCUGGAUGGACCUUGUUGAAGCUCCCUGGCCAAGCUCCUUCUGCUCGUUGUGGCCAUACUAUUACUUCUGGAGGCCACUAUCUUCUCAUGUUUGGGGGCCAUGGAACUGGUGGUUGGUUGAGUCGAUACGAUGUUUAUUACAAUGAUUGUGUUGUUUUAGACAGAGUGUCUGUGCAGUGGAAACGUCUAGCAACUAACACUGAAGGCCCCGCGCCUCGUGCUUACCAUUCCAUGACGUGUAUUGGUUCACGUUAUCUGUUAUUUGGUGGCUUUGAUGGCAAAGUGACUUAUGGUGAUUUGUGGUGGUUGGUUCCAGAAGAUGAUCCUAUUUCAAAGCGAUUGUCUGCAUCUCCAUCAAAAGUAGUUCAUGAAAGCCAGAAUGCGUCAAUUGCCAGUGGUUUACGAUCCGAGACAAAGGAAAACGACAUGGAAGGAUCCCCAAUCUCAGAGCUGCAGAAGAAAUUGGAUAUUUCUGUUUCAUUAUCUGGUCACGAUCUUCAAAUUGUUAAUGAAUCAGAAGAUAAAGAAUUUCUUGAACUCGCGUUAAGUAUGAUUGCUAAUCGAACAUCUAGUAAUAAAAAGGCAGCUCAAGCACUCCGUGAGCAUUGGCGGAACUCUAGUCCAAGAUCAAUACAAUUAAAGGAGUUUGCCGUAUUGCUACGUGACUACCAACGUCUGAUUAGUCGCCAUCACUUAGCUGGAUCUCAUUUACAGUCUGCCGAAUCGGGCUUCACAGAGAAAGAUACCUAUCGGUUUUAUCAUUUUACAAAUGCUUCUCAGCUACGAAUGAGCGAUAUUGAUCAAUUAUUGACGGAGUACAAACAGCUUCCAUUGGAUUAAUGUAAUUGAUGGAUCUGCAUAGAAGAAUCUUUCAAGCCAUAAUGGAUUGCAUGAGAUAUACAAAGGAAAAUGGCUGGCAGAGGAUUGUACUUUCUUCUGGCAGCUCUGUCCCAGUGAUUUCACCUCACGGUUAGCCACGUCAAUCUUCUUCCGCACUAUUGCUACUUCUUUUCUCAUUGGAUCUGUCAAAACUUCAAGCUCCUGAUAUGUUUUAUAUAGAACAAGAAAUUAGUUAAUGGAAAUGCAUAAAUGAUUCAUACUUGUGGUUUUAUAGGAUAAAUUUUGACCAUUUGAAUUUAUCUUAUUUAAUGCUUGUUGUUUAA